AUGGCUCCCAAGUUCGUCGACAAAGUCUCAUUCGAGCAAGAUCCGCGAUGGAGUGCCGUCGAUGCCUUUACGUCAGCCCAUCUAAUGGCCCCCUCACGGAACAAAUACAACGAUGCUCUUGAGUUUGCUUAUGCCAACGCGCUGGCCAAGGGGCUCCCGGAUAUCGCGUCAUUCCCAGCCCAGGGGAAGCUGUUAUCCAUCCAAGUGCAGGUUGCGCGGGCCAAGAAUAUCCUGGAAGUCGGCACGCUUGGAGGAUAUUCGGCCAUCUGGAUGGCAUCAGGGGCAGGCGAAGAUGCCCGAGUCACCACGGUGGAGGUCGAUCCGAAGCAUAAACAGGUCGCCGAAGAGAGCAUUGCCAAUGCUGGACUUAGCGGGCAAAUCGACAUCUUGCUCGGCUCUGGACUGGACGUCCUGCCGGAACUGAUCAAGGAAGUCACAGCCGGUAAGCGGGAGCCGUUUGAUUUUGUCUUCAUCGAUGCAGACAAGGAGAACAACCUGGCAUAUCUUGAAUUGGCCCUGCAGAUGGUGAAGCCAAAGACCUGCAUCUAUGUCGACAAUGUCGUCCGGCGGGGCACGCUUGCCGACGAGGCUGCCGCACAGCAUGACACACGGAUAGCUGGCUCGAGGAAACUGGUAGAGGCGGUGGGACAGAAUGACAAGGUGGACGCUGUUGUCAUUCAGACGGUCUCUGAGAAAAAUUACGACGGCUUCAUGCUGGCGGUCGCCAAGUAG